GAAUCAUGGAUUGAUCACUGUCACAAUUAGAUCACAACGGCAAUCGUGAAACAGCUAGCAAGAGAAAUCGAUCGCCAAGAACCCAACCAAUCAGCUGCUACAAAGCAAAGAUCAUCAGGAACCGUGCCGAACGUAGUCUAUCAACCAUGACGACGACAAUGAAGAAGGAGAUGGUGUUCUUCGACGUGGAGACGGCGGCGGCACCGUCGGCGUCCGACACGGACCGCCGGUGGCACAUGCUGGAGUUCGGCGCCAUCCUGGUCUGCCCGCGCCGCCUCGUGGAGCUCUCAGCCUACUCCACCUUCAUCCAGCCCGACGACCUCUCCGCCGUCUCGGGCCGCUUCGCCUCCUCCCCGUCCCACGCCGCGGCCUUCGCCGAGGCCCCGUCGUUCGAGGACGUCGCCGACGACAUCUUCGAGCUCCUCGACGGCCGCGUCUGGGCGGGCCACAACAUCCGCCGCUUCGAUUGCCACCGCGUCCGCGACUCCUUCGCCGCGGCAGGCCGCCCGGCGCCCGAGCCGGCGGGCGUCGUCGACUCCCUCGCCGUGCUAGGCCGGGUGUUCGGGCGCCGCGCGGGUGACCUCAAGAUGGCCACCCUGGCGACGUACUUCGGGAUCGGGAAGCAGACGCACCGGAGCCUCGAUGAUGCGCGCAUGAACCUCGAGGUGCUCAAGCACUGCGCCACCGUGCUGCUGCUCGAGUCGAGCCUCCCCGGCGUGCUCGGCGGCGAGGACGCUGGCGACGGCGCCGUCACCCGGCGGAGGGCCGCCAACAGCAUCGCCGGCAACGUCUUCAACAGGAACAGGUCGACGGCACCGAAGCCGAACACCAACACGCUGCAGAUGGCGUUUGCUCGUGCGGCCGCGUCUUCCACGGUGACGGCGGUGACGACUCCUGCUUCCGCCGCGGUUCAGAAGGUGAACGGGAGGUCGUGCAAGAGGGACAGUACGGGGAAGGUGGUGAAGGCCACAACAACGGCGACGCCUAGCGCCGCUCCAAGAGCCCGGCGGCCGGUGACCACGACGCCGUUCAGCAUGAUCCUCAGGCACUCGAGGGCCAUCGUUAGAUGAUCCAUCGAGUCGAUCGACUAAUUGCUUGGAUACUGAUUUCCAUUCAUUCAUUUCUACAUGGAAAUUGAUGUGCAGUGUACAAAAAACCCUGCUAGGUAGCUAGCUCUGUUCAUAUUUAACUCAGGUUUGAUUAGAUAUCAACACAUUUCAUUACA